AACUUGACAGAAUUUUGGAAACGAUUAUCGUUUUUAAUCAUGGUCGCUUUGCACAGAUAUCCUUCAAAGCAACUUGAUCCCACAAGUACCUGGGAUGAUGUGAUAACAAGUCGCCAUUCCAUCCUUGACAACAUGCUGAACUGGGUGAAUAAUAAUCAGAAAUUUGACGACGUUUCAACUGGCCUCGAACACCAAGGUUUAUUGAAAAUGGCUUCUGCCGCAAGAGUUCAGGGAAACUUUGCGGUUUCCCGUGAAUGUCUCAAAAAAGGACGAUCUCUGGGUUUCCAUUCCAUCGAUGAUAUAAAAUAUUAUCAAUUUAAACUUAACCUCAAGGAGGCUGUGACUACCUCGGAUUCCAAAAAGCGGAUGGACAUUUUGUUAGCCAUGGCCGAAGAAUUUAGAAGUUCCGAGAUUUCAGAUGUGAAGACAGAGAUGAAAUGCCGUGGAAUUGAAAGUGAAACAUAUGCACUUUUGACCGCUGAAUUCGACAAACCAGAAUCCACGGUGAAUUAUCCCUCUCUCAAAGGUCGUAAGCAAAGCUUUAUGAAAGCUGGGUUCGACCUUUUGAGAACCAUUUCAGAGAAAGCUGUGUUGCACCUUAAACCUUCUAAUCAAGCCAAGAUCUUUGUCAAGUUUGCAAAAUUUUGUGACCACUAUCUCCGUUCUCUGGAAUCCAAUGAUAGCUUGCAGAAUGUGACCUUUGACGAAGGUCUUUAUUCUUCAAUUGUCGUGCAGAACAUCUUGCAAGCAAUGGAAUAUUCGUCUAAGGAAGCGUUGGAAUUCUUUCCACGAUUGCUACAGAUAAUUGACAUUUACGAGUCAUCUCAACGAUCGUUCGAAGAGAAGGUAAAAUCAUUUGGACCCGUGUGGAAAUUUAUUCGAUGGAUCCCGCAAAUUGUAGCAAUCUUGGACAAGCCUGCUGCUAAAUGUGUUUUCCCGAUACUUUUUGCGCUUUCAAAAUCUUAUCCAAAGAGCUUGUAUUAUCCGUUGAAAAUUAGUAGCGAGUAUUACAAAUUCGAUGAGAAAGAUAGAGCCGUGCGAGAAAAUAAGAACAAAAUUCAGCAGCUAAAGCAAAUUAUUAAAUGUGACGCCACAGAUGCCCUAAUAGAUGAACUCGAAAGACUUACCGAUCCGGAAACAAUCUUUUACGGCUGGUGUCAAAAAAUCAGCGCUUACUUAAAGGACAAGAGUAACGGCAUAGAUCGAUCUGAGGAUAUGAAAACGUCGUUCCGAGAAAUGAAAGCCUUUUUAUUAGAUGCUGGAAACCCACGCUACGGAAACGAUGGUUCAUUAUUGGCCAAAAUGACAAACCGUGAAUUCAGGGUCACACUUUGGGAUUAUUAUAGUAAAUUCAUAAAACCGAAUGAAAAGAAGAGAGAGGGCGCGAAUCUAUUGAAAUUAUAUUCUGCUUGGCUUUCCGAAUUUUCUUCGUCGAAUAUGGAUGAGGACAUCGAAAUUCCUGGUCAAUAUGAUGGAAUGACUAUCCCUGAUCCGAAUCGUCACGUUAAGAUCGCUCAUUUCAAUCCAAGAUUGUUGGUGCUACGUUCAUUAAGAAAGCCCAAGCGAAUAACCAUUAUAGGAACAGACGGCAACGAAUAUCCAUUCCUUGUAAAGGGAGGCGAAGAUUUACGAUUGGAUCAACGAAUUCAAUUACUGUUCUCCAUCAUGAACGAAUUGAUGCACAAGGAUUUCUACUGUUCUCAGCGCAAAAUAGCACUGAGAACAUAUAAGGUUGUCCCGAUGACCGGAAAUUUGGGAAUAAUCGAGUGGAUUCCUCACUCCGAUACUCUUAGGAGAUUUAUCGAAAACGAACUUUUCAAUCAAAAUAUCAUCAGCGAUUCUCAGUUUGAGCAUGAUGCAUGGGUGAAAAGCUUCCAUGGUUAUCAAAAGUUAUUCGUUAAAGUGAACCGUGAGGAAGUUAUUAAGCACAUGAUAAGACUCCAAAGUAUGAUCAACGGAAAUUCUCUCAAAAAAGCGUUGUAUAAACUUGCGGCUUCUCCGGAAGCUCAUUUAUCGAUUCGCUCAGAAUUCGUGAAGAAUCUUGCGGCCAUAAAUACGCUCGAAGUUCCAGAGUUGGUUCCGUUUAGACUCACAAGACAGAUCGAAUCUCUGAUGGAGCCCCUCGGUUCCAAAGGUCUUUUAGAAUACCCCAUGAUAAAAAUAAUGCAGAUUAUGCAUGCGAACAAGGAUAUAUUAUUGAAUUCAAUGGAAAUUUUUGUCAAAGAACCGUUAUUGGAUUGGCAAAUAAGAGCUAUAAGAAAUGCGAACAAUCAAAAAAAUCAUGAAAGUAAUGAAAUGGAUAAUGAAAGCUCCAAGACCACCGAAUGGUAUCCACGCAAAAAGUUAGAUAUCGCCCAACGUAAACUUAAUGGUGAAAAUCCCGCAUAUAUCAUCUGCGAUGAACUAUCAUUUGGUCAUUCGAACAAACCUUUUAUCAAUCACAUUCAAUCAAUAGCCAAAGGAAGUCCUGAACAUAACAUCAGAGCCCGUACACCACAAAAAUGUGGUAGCGUUAAGGAGCAAGUCGAAUGUUUGAUCGACCUCGCAACGGAUCCUUUUGUACUCGGAAUAAU